ACCCCGCGCCAGUAUUCGCACUACGCGGAGUCCCUUCGUUUGCUGAAGCGCUUCGAAGAAGCCAGGUCACUCUUGCGCAAGACGAUACCCGUGGCGCGACGUGUUCUUAGAGAUAAUGAUAGACUCACGCUCGUGAUGCGGAUGGUUUACGCAGCGGCGAUCUACUGCGACGCCAGCGCCACGCUCGACGAUCUCCGCGAGGCCGUGACGACGCUCGCAGAGACGGAACGAACCGCGCGGCGCGUCCUCGGCGGCGCGCAUCCGGACACAAUGGGGAUUGAGUACGACUUACGAAAGGCGCGCGCCGUACGCGACGCCCGCGAAUCGGGGAGAGAGGUAAUAUUUGAAUAA